AUGACAAUUGUAUCUAUCACUAUUUUAUCCACUGCUUUAAUAUUCUGUGAAUGUUGUGAUUUCAAUAUUAGUCCAAUACAUGGAGAAAGAUACAUCAGCCCAGUUGUAGCCGUUGUCAGUGCAGUUGGACCACAACAAUGUGUCCGUGAGUGUUUGGUGAGAAAUACUUGGUGUAACGGUGUCAAUUACAACCUCAGUGGCUUCGUUUGUGAGAUAAUGACAGACAUUAAUGAAACAGAAUUAAAAUCGGAUUUCUUCAGAAUUGAGCGAAAUCAGAUGACGGUCCAAAAUGUUGGAUGUCUCUCCUGUUUUUCAUUAGAAAAAUGUGUCAAACUGUCUAGCAAUAAAACGUGUUGUGUCAAAGAUGACUUUGAUCCAAAGGACUGCACGACAAUACAUGAAGUAUUAUCACAUGAACCGAGUGGAUUAUACAGAAUUAAAAUCCCAGCCCUAGGUCACGUGAUUGUAUUUUGUGAAAUGGAGGCUGAUGGAGGAGGAUGGACGGUCUUCCAACGUCGAAUGGACGGAUCUGAAGAUUUCUACAGAACCUGGGCGGAAUAUAGGAGCGGAUUUGGAAACUUGACAGCUGAAUUUUGGUUAGGUAAUGACAAACUGUACCAUCUACUAAGUCAAGGAUUAUACGAGUUGAGGGUGGAUAUGAGUGAUUUCGACAAUCAGACACGUUAUGUUAAAUUCAGCAGUAUAUCUCUUGGAAACGAAGAAUCAAAGUAUACCAUCACUUUAUCUGGUUUCUCCGGGAACGUCGGUGAUUCCCUCACUUAUAUAAACAACAGGAAAUUUUCAACAAAGGAUCAGGAUAAUGAUAUGAGUGAGGGUAGCUGUUCAGUGGGGUACAAAGGGGGGUGGUGGUAUGGAAAUUGUCAUUUUACUAAUCCUAAUGGACUGUACCUUGGGGGCGUCACAUCCAUCAACGCCCAGGGCAUUACCUACAGCCAAUGGCUAGGGCAGUCUUACUCGCUGAAACAUAUUCAAUUUAUGGUGAGAAGAGUCGACUGAAAGACGUCCGUUUAUACGAAGCCAAAGAAUGGCCAAUUUUAUCAAAUGAAAAAAAAAUGCCUUAAAGUAAAUGGUUGAUUCAUUUGUUUACUGUUUGAAUCAAUAAAAAAAGAGGAAUUGCAAAAAAAGAAACAUAUCUAAAUAUUUAGUUUACU